GCGGGCCCGCAGGUGGGAAACGCGCUGGGCAGCCUGGAGCCGCUGCGCUGGAUGCUGCGCUCACCCUUCGACCGCAACGUACCGGUCAACCUGGAGCUGCAGGAGCUGCUGCUGGACUACAGCUUCCAGCACCUGGGUGUCUCCUCACAGGGCUGUGUCGAUCAUCCCAUAGUUUUGACAGAAGCUGUGUGCAACCCACUGUAUUCUCGGCAAAUGAUGUCUGAGCUUCUUUUUGAGUGCUAUGGGAUUCCUAAGGUUGCCUAUGGAAUAGACAGCCUUUUCAGCUUCUACCACAAUAAGCCAAAGAACUUGAUUUCCAGUGGGCUCAUCAUUUCCUCUGGAUACCAGUGUACACAUAUUUUACCCAUCUUAGAAGGGAGUCUGUGUUUUCCAUUUCAUAACUUCCAAAAUUAUUUCUCUGAAGAACUGCAGAAAUGGCAGUGCCCUGAUUAUUACGAAAACAACGUCCACAAGAUGCAGCUCCCGUUUUCCAGCAAGCUCCUCGGCAGCACUCUGAGCUCAGAGGAGAAGCAGGAACGGCGGCAGCAGCAGCUGCGGCGGCUGCAGGAGCUCAACGCCCGCCGGCGGGAGGAGAAGCUGCAGCUGGACCAGGAGCGUCUGGACAGACUGCUCUACGUGCAGGAACUUCUAGAGGAUGGCCAGAUGGAUCAGUUUCACAAAGCUCUGGUGGAACUGAACAUGGACUCCCCGGAAGAGCUGCAGUCCUACAUCCAGAAGCUCAGCUCAGCGGUGGAGCAGGCAAAGCAGAAAAUCCUCCACGCAGAAGUCACCCUCGAGGUGGAUGUGGUGGACAGCAAGCCAGAGACCCCUGACCUGGAGCAGCUAGAGCCGUCUCUGGAAGAUGUGGAAAGCAUCCAUGAUUUUGAACCCUUGUUUUCAGAGGAAACCCCUGAAGCGGAGAAGCCAGUCACCACUGUCCAGCCCGUGUUUAACUUGGCAGCCUAUCAUCAGCUGUUUGUCGGGACAGAAAGAAUUCGAGCUCCAGAAAUUAUCUUCCAGCCAUCCCUCAUAGGGGAGGAGCAGGCUGGGAUAGCAGAGACCCUUCAGUACAUCCUGGACAGGUGAGACUGAACCUUCUUUUCCUUCGAUUUUCCGGAACCGUUUCCUCAGAUUUCGCACUGAGUAGUAGAUGAGGUGGGCAUUUGAAAAUCUGCCUCACGCCCUCCUUUUUAUUGACUUGCUGUGCUCAGAUAGUAUUCUUUAUCUCUCCCCAACCCCGGCACAUUGCAGAGGCUCUGUAAUUCUUUUCUAAAAAUGUAAGUGCUCAGUUGAUUUGAGGAGCUUUAAGAAAUUCUUUGACGUUUAAGCAGCACAACAAUAUAUGUGCAUUGACUUUCAUAUAAACCUUGACAUUAUUGAAGACUGGUGAUUUUUAAGUUCCCUAAAAACGUGCAGAGCUUAGAAAAGUUUUUUUUCCUCCUCGCAGACAUUUUAUUUAAGAGUUUGCACUUCCAUAAGAUGCUCUUCCCCCAUCCCAUUUAUACAGGCAUUUUCCUGCAGUGUGAAAUUGUCCUAAUUCAAGCUGGACAAGUGGAGAGCAUGAUUUGUAGUUUUCUGGCUGCUGUUGGUUGAAACAGGAUGAAAACUGGCACCUAGCAAGGAAGAAAAGCUACUGCGGCCAAUGUGUAUGAGUGGCUUUGAGCUUUGUCUUAAUGGGAAAGUGCUCAAACAUGUGUAAGAUAAAGCUGUUAUUUAAGGAAAAAAAAAAAGGAAAAAAAAAACCCAUGCAGGUGGAAAGGUGGGCCAGCAGAAGGGAGGCAGGACUUUUUGGGGUGUUGGAAAUGUUCUGUUUCUUGAUUGUGGUGAUGGUUACUGGGGGGUAUACAUUUGUCAGACUUCAUCAAAAUGUUUGGAAAUCAGUCCUCCAUAAAGUCAGUUUUUUAAAAAAGUGUGUUAAAAGACACAAAACUUCUAAUCUUACUAAGGAAAUGAA